GUUAGCAGUCGAGUGGCAGUCUGGUUCGCAGCCACGAUGGGUGCAGUACGGCUUUUUGUGGUCGUCCUUCUUUUUGGGACAAGGAUACAAGAAAAUAAUGGCCUUCAGUGUUACUGUGACCGCUGCAGCACCAACUCCAGCUGCACCACAGACGGCAUCUGCUUCGUAGCCAUCCAGAAGUCCGGCAGCCGGAUGACCAUCGAGCAGCGCCAGUGCGUGCACGAUCGUGACCUGAUCCCACGAGACCGACCCUUCAUCUGUGCCCCAUCUACCAAAGAUGACAGUGGCAUUUACCCACUGUGCUGCACCACAGACUACUGCAACAAAGAGCCAGUGACGCCCACUGGCCCCACAGCGACCCCCUCUCCUCUGGGGCCGGUGGCCCUCGCUGCCGUCAUCGCUGGCCCUGUAUGUGUGCUCUGCUUGCUGCUGGUUUUGGCGUUCUACGUUUGCCACAGCCACAGAGGCCUGGGCGCCGGGGGCGCCGGGGCCCACCACCACCACCACCAUCGGGUGCCUAAUGAGGAAGACCCCUCCAUGGACCACCCUUUCAUCACUGUGGGAACAACACUGAAGGACCUAAUCUAUGACAUGACCACCUCAGGCUCUGGAUCAGGUCUCCCACUGCUGGUCCAAAGAACAAUCGCCAGAACUAUCAUCCUCCAGGAAAGCAUUGGGAAGGGGCGUUUCGGUGAGGUGUGGCGCGGUAAAUGGCGCGGCGAGGAGGUGGCUGUCAAGAUUUUCUCUUCCCGAGAGGAGCGCUCCUGGUUCCGUGAGGCGGAGAUCUACCAGACUGUGAUGCUGAGGCACGAGAAUAUCCUGGGCUUCAUCGCUGCUGACAACAAAGAUAACGGGACGUGGACUCAGCUGUGGCUGGUGUCGGACUACCACGAGCACGGAUCGCUGUUCGACUACCUGAACCGCUACACGGUCACCGUGGAGGGCAUGAUCAAACUGUCUCUGUCGACAGCCAGCGGCCUCGCCCACCUUCACAUGGAGAUUGUUGGCACGCAAGGAAAGCCAGCGAUCGCCCACAGAGACCUGAAGUCCAAGAACAUCCUGGUGAAGAAGAACGGGACGUGCUGCAUCGCCGACCUGGGUCUGGCUGUGCGGCACGACUCCGCCACCGACACCAUCGACAUCGCUCCAAACCACAGAGUAGGGACCAAAAGGUAUAUGGCUCCAGAGGUUCUGGACGACUCCAUAAACAUGAAGCACUUUGAGUCCUUCAAACGCGCUGACAUCUACGCCAUGGGCCUCGUCUUCUGGGAGAUCGCCAGUCGCUGCUCCAUGGGAGGCAUCCACGAGGACUACCAGCUGCCCUACUACGACCUGGUCCAGUCAGAUCCAUCAGUGGAGGAGAUGAGGAGGGUGGUCUGUGAGCAGAAGCUUCGGCCCAACAUCCCCAACCGCUGGCAGAGCUGUGAGGCCUUACGGGUGAUGGCAAAGAUCAUGAGGGAGUGCUGGUACGCCAACGGCGCCGCACGACUCACCGCUCUGCGAAUCAAGAAAACGCUGUCUCAGCUCAGCCAGCAGGAGGGCAUCAAGAUGCUUUGUGUGCGUCACAGGAGGCUUGGCAGAGACCCCACUGAGCAGCAAGCUCAUCCUAUGCAUACCCGUGAUACAGGGAGGAUAGGAAGAGGAGACGCACACCGGACGCCGCUGCGCCCACGGCCCAACCGACACGCCGGUGCCAUACCAUCAGACCUCCCCUGGAACACCUCGCCACCUCAACGAGAACUUCUCAUACAGCUCAUCCUCUGGAGCUCCGCACCGUAG